AGCAGCGAGUGUUGCUAUUUCGUUGUUUUUGUUCCCUGUGCGAUUUCUCUACACCGAAAUAUUUGUGUACCGAAGCGCUUUUGCUGGUGUUCUGUAGGUGCUGAUGUAGCAGACCGAUUCCCCCACAGCACGGAAACAUUGGGAAAAUACAAUCCAUCGCACUUACAAUCAACCCGAUACAAUCAAAUAAAUCACAGAAGCACUCCUGCUCGCAGUUCACGUCGGUUCGUGUUCAAUCAAAUACCAAAAUAUCUUUUUUGUACAAUCAUCUUCAGAAACUACAAGCAAAAACAUGGAUCACACGGACCAGAACGCAUCAAAUCAACUGCCAGACGAUAUAGAACAAAACUUUCUCACCCAGUUCAGCUCAAUGGUUACCACGGACAAGGAAGAGCUCAUCCAACAGUUUCAAUCAAUUGGAGAGAAUGUUAACUACUCUACGGCAACAUUUUUCCUCGAUAUGACCAACUGGAACCUCCAAGCAGCUGUGGGAUGUUAUUUUGACUUUAUGUCACAAAACCGACAACCAUCCAUGAAGCUGCUGAAUGAUAUUACGGUAGGAAAGGGCGAAAAAAUCACACCGAGCACAGCCAUUAAGCUUACCUGGCUGCUGCAAAACAAUGGCGAUAUCGCGUGGCCGUACGGUUCGUACGUCAGCUUACGUCGAAACCCAGCCAUGAUGGAGGAAAAUUUUCCCUUGUCGUACGAGGACCUGAAAUACUUUGUACCUUCGCUGCCUCCGAAUGAUACAGUGUCCGUAUCAGUGCAGCUCGUCAGUCCAUCGACUGAAGGGUUCUUCGAAACCGUAUGGUCCAUUUACACGCCGAACGGAACCAGUUUUGGGGAAAACAUUACUUCUCGGAUUGAAGUAAGCCUGGAUGGAACGAUGGCUGUAACGCAACAGUUUUCCAACCUUCAAACAAAUUCCACCGCCGACCUUAAUCCCCCCUCUGAGAACACAACAGAAUCACAGUCAAACGAGCUAGACGAUAGUGAAAUGUGGGGAUAGCUAAGAAAAUGACGCAAAAUUAAUUGUAUAGCAGUAUGUAACAAUUUCCUUUUCUCUCAUGUGCGUUGUAAGUCAUUACUUCGUCUGUUAUUGCGCUGAUUCCUUUCAACGAUACCAUCAACGACCGAAAAACCGAUCGAUCGCGGAACACGGAUAUCUUUCCAUGGGAAUGCUAUUUACAAAAUGAUUGUUGCAGGGUUUCACGGCCAUUUGGUCAUCGUAAACCCACUAAAUAUCAUCGUUCAACAAUCACUUUGCCACCGUAAAACCUACAAUUCGGAAUCGUCAGUCCAACAAUGGCGUUGAAAACUUUGAAUCGGUCGCCGUAAAUACCUCUUUUGGCCGUUUCGCUUGCUCUAAAUUCUGGUCCAUCAAAUUGACUACAAAGAAGAAUCCAUGAUUUUUUUUAUGAAAUAAUUGUUGUGAUUUAAUAUUAAAUUGGCACAAUUACAUUUUAAUGCUAAAAAUUAAAAACUUAAAUUACACAUUACCUUAUAGCCAGAACAAGAUCGAACGGUCCUGACACCAAAUUUGAUGGUAGAAGUA